UUGCGUUCGGUCUUAUUCACGGACUGACGGCUGUUUGCUGUAGUGUACGCUAUAACGUGUCGUUUAACGAGUUGGUGCCGGAAAAGUGCAGUGUUUUUAUGCGAUUUACGUUUCAAAAAUAGUAAAAAAUGUUUACCGCAGACAGUAAAGCACCCCUCAGGAAUGUUAAAAGGGUUCAAUUUGGAAUUUUGAGCCCCGAUGAAAUCAGACGUAUGUCAGUCACGGAAGGCGGUAUCCGCUAUCCAGAGACCAUGGAAGCGGGCCGCCCCAAAUUGGGGGGUCUGAUGGACCCUCGGCAAGGGGUCGUCGAUCGGCAGUCAAGAUGUCAAACUUGCGCCGGUAACAUGACAGAUUGUCCAGGACAUUUCGGCCACAUAGAACUAGCGAAACCAGUAUUCCACAUAGGUUACAUUACAAAAACUAUCAAGAUUUUGCGAUGUGUGUGCUUUUACUGCAGCAAAUUGCUGGUCAAUCCGUGCAAUCCAAAGAUCCGCGAAAUAGUAAUGAAAACCAAAGGACAGCCUCGACGUCGCUUAGCUUUUGUUUAUGAUCUGUGCAAAGGCAAAAAUAUUUGCGAAGGCGGCGAUGAAAUGGAUUUGGGCAGAAAAGAAGGCGAACAACCCGAUCCCAACAAAAAACAGAGUCACGGCGGUUGCGGCCGUUAUCAGCCCAGCAUAAGACGUAGCGGUCUGGAUCUGACAGCCGAAUGGAAACAUGUUAAUGAGGAUUCGCAAGAGAAAAAGGUGCCGCUGACAGCAGAGAGGGUGUGGGAAAUUUUUAAGCAUAUUACAGACGAGGAAUGUUUCGUUCUUGGAAUGGACCCAAAAUACGCCCGUCCCGAUUGGAUGAUUGCCACAGUUCUCCCGGUCCCACCCCUUCCCGUAAGGCCGGCCGUUGUUAUGAAUGGUUCGGCAAGAAAUCAGGACGACUUGACCCACAAACUUGCAGAUAUCGUAAAGAUAAAUGCAGAACUGGAAAAAAAUGAAGCGUCUGGGGCGGCAACGCAUAUUUUAGCUGAGAACGUUAAAAUGUUACAAUUUCACGUCGCUACGCUCGUCGAUAAUGAUAUGCCCGGGAUGCCAAGGGCAAUGCAAAAAUCUGGAAAACCGCUUAAAUCAAUAAAAGCGCGCCUCAAAGGUAAAGAAGGCAGAAUCAGAGGUAAUCUUAUGGGUAAACGUGUGGAUUUUUCCGCGCGUACUGUCAUUACGCCAGAUCCAAAUUUAAGGAUCGACCAAGUAGGAAUUCCAAGAAGUAUCGCGCAGAACUUAACAUUCCCGGAAAUAGUUACGCCAUUCAAUUUCGAAAAAAUGUUAGAAUUAGUACAGAGAGGCCACUCUCAAUAUCCAGGCGCUAAAUAUAUUAUACGAGAUAACGGCGAAAGGAUCGAUUUAAGAUACCACCCCAAAUCGUCAGAUUUACAUCUGCAAUGUGGAUACAAAGUAGAGAGGCAUAUCCGCGAUGGAGAUUUGGUAAUUUUUAACCGUCAACCGACUCUACAUAAAAUGAGUAUGAUGGGUCACAGAGUAAAGGUUCUUCCGUGGUCGACGUUCCGCAUGAAUCUGUCUUGCACGUCUCCGUACAAUGCCGAUUUUGAUGGCGACGAAAUGAAUCUUCACGUGGCUCAGAGUAUGGAAACCAGAGCCGAGCUUGAAAAUUUACACAUAACCCCAAGGCAGAUCAUCACGCCUCAGUGUAACAAACCAGUCAUGGGUAUCGUGCAGGACACCCUAUGCGCUGUCCGGAAAAUGACUAAGAGGGAUGUAUUUAUUGAAAAGGAGCAGAUGAUGAACUUAUUAAUGUUUCUUCCCAUUUGGGAUGGUCGAGUGCCUAGGCCCGCCAUAUUGAAACCUAAACCGUUAUGGACCGGAAAGCAAUUAUUUUCGUUGAUUAUUCCGGGAAACGUGAACAUGAUCAGAACACAUUCGACGCAUCCCGACGACGAAGACGAUGGACCCUACAAAUGGAUUUCGCCUGGUGAUACGAAGGUCAUGGUAGAAAAUGGCGAACUCGUAAUGGGCAUAUUGUGCAAGAAAUCGCUGGGAGCUUCUGCCGGUUCCUUGCUGCACAUUUGCUUCUUAGAACUGGGACACGAGGUGUGUGGACGAUUUUACGGAAAUAUCCAAACCGUCAUCAAUAAUUGGUUGCUAUUAGAAGGUCACAGUAUCGGUAUCGGUGACACCAUCGCCGAUCCGAUGACGUAUUUGGAAAUUCAAAAAGCCAUCAAGAAGGCAAAAGAAGAUGUAAUAGAAGUAAUUCAGAAAGCUCAUAACAUGGAGCUGGAACCAACCCCCGGAAACACUCUAAGACAAACCUUCGAGAAUCAAGUAAACAGAAUCUUAAACGACGCCAGAGAUAAAACGGGCGGCUCCGCUAAAAAAUCUCUGACGGAAUACAACAACUUAAAAGCUAUGGUAGUGUCGGGUUCGAAGGGCUCUAAUAUUAACAUUUCGCAGGUUAUCGCCUGCGUGGGUCAACAAAACGUAGAAGGGAAACGUAUCCCGUUCGGUUUCCGAAAACGUAGUUUGCCUCAUUUCAUAAAAGACGACUACGGUCCAGAAUCCAAAGGGUUCGUCGAAAAUUCGUACCUGGCAGGUUUGACGCCGUCGGAAUUUUAUUUUCACGCCAUGGGAGGUCGCGAAGGGCUUAUCGAUACCGCCGUCAAAACCGCCGAAACCGGAUAUAUUCAAAGACGUUUGAUAAAAGCUAUGGAAUCUGUUAUGGUAAAUUACGACGGGACCGUUCGUAACUCUGUAGGCCAACUCAUUCAGUUACGUUACGGCGAAGACGGACUAUGCGGCGAGAUGGUAGAAUUUCAGUCCCUACCGACUGUGAAGUUAUCCACCAAAUCGUUCGAGAAGAAAUUUCGAUUUGAUCCGACCAAUGAACGGUAUCUGAGAAAGGUGUUUAACGAAGACAUCAUAAAAGAAAUCAUGAGUAGCGGCGAAGUAAUCGCGGAACUGGAAAAAGAAUGGGAACAAUUGGCGAAAGAUCGCGAAGCUUUAAGGCAGAUAUUCCCGAGUGGCGACUCGAGCGUCGUACUGCCGUGCAACUUGCAAAGAAUGAUUUGGAACGUGCAGAAAAUUUUCCACAUCAACAAAAAAUCCACGACCGAUUUGUCGCCGCUGCGUGUAAUUCAAGGUGUGAGAGAACUGCUCAAGAAGUGCGUCAUUGUGGCUGGCGACGAUAGGCUCUCGAUUCAGGCGAACGAGAACGCUACGCUGCUCUUUCAGUGUUUGGUUAGGUCUACACUUUGCGCCAAGCUGGUGUCCGAACAAUACAGGCUAACGUCUGAGGCGUUCGAAUGGUUGCUCGGAGAAAUCGAAACUAGAUUCCAGCAGGCUCAGGCGAAUCCCGGCGAAAUGGUAGGCGCGUUGGCCGCUCAAUCGCUCGGCGAACCUGCCACCCAGAUGACACUGAACACUUUCCAUUUUGCCGGCGUGUCGUCGAAAAACGUAACCCUCGGCGUGCCGCGUCUAAAGGAAAUCAUAAACGUAUCGAAAAAACCUAAAGCUCCUUCGUUGACGGUAUUUUUGACUGGCGCCGCCGCGAGGGACGCUGAAAAAGCGAAAAACGUGUUAUGCAGAUUGGAACACACCACGUUGAGAAAAGUGACAGCGAAUACAGCCAUUUAUUACGAUCCAGAUCCGCAGAAUACCGUCAUUCCGGAAGAUCAAGACUUUGUAAAUGUGUACUACGAAAUGCCGGACUUCGAUCCGUCCCGAAUUUCGCCGUGGCUGUUGCGAAUCGAAUUGGACAGGAAGCGGAUGGUCGACAAGAAAUUGACCAUGGAACAAAUAGCUGAAAAGAUAAACGCGGGCUUCGGCGACGAUCUGAACUGUAUCUUCAACGAUGACAACGCAGAGAAAUUGGUGCUGAGAAUUAGAAUCAUGAAUAACGGAGAAGACACAAAGUUCGGCGAAGGUGGCGAGGAAGAUGUCGACAAAAUGGACGACGACAUGUUUUUGCGAUGCAUCGAGUCGAAUAUGUUGAGCGACAUGACACUGCAAGGGAUCGAGGCGAUCUCCAAAGUGUACAUGCAUUUGCCUCAAACCGAUUCCAAAAAGAGGAUCAUUAUUACGGAAACUGGCGAAUUUAAAGCCAUCGCCGAAUGGCUGCUGGAAACUGAUGGCACUAGUAUGAUGAGGGUUUUAUCCGAACGCGAUGUUGACGCCGUCAGGACCGCGUCAAAUGAUAUUUGCGAAAUUUUUUCGGUAUUAGGAAUCGAGGCUGUACGAAAAUCUGUAGAAAAAGAAAUGAAUGCUGUGUUGCAAUUCUAUGGUCUCUAUGUCAAUUACCGGCAUUUGGCUUUACUCUGUGACGUAAUGACAGCAAAAGGUCAUCUCAUGGCUAUUACUCGUCACGGCAUCAAUAGGCAAGAUACCGGAGCUCUUAUGCGGUGCUCCUUUGAAGAAACUGUCGAUGUUUUAAUGGACGCCGCUGCUCAUGCAGAAGUUGAUCCAAUGAGAGGAGUGUCUGAAAAUAUUAUUAUGGGACAACUUCCACGGAUGGGCACCGGUUCUUUUGAUCUUCUCCUCGAUGCAGAAAAGUGCAAGAUGGGCAUACCCAUACCACAAGCUCAAGGUGGCGAAGUUACUUCGGGAAUGUUCUUUAGCUCAGCUGCGACUCCGAGUAUGAGUCCAGCAGGUGCAAUGACACCGUGGGCAACUGGAGCAACUCCUUUUGUCGGGAAUGCCAGCGCUUGGUCCCCACACAAUCUUCUAGGAAGUGGUAUGACUCCGGGAGGACCAUCAUUCUCACCAUCAGCCGCGUCCGAUGCAUCAGGAAUGUCUCCAGCAUAUGGUGCCUGGUCACCGACACCUCAAUCGCCAGCUCUUUCAACUUUCGGACAAUCGCCUGGCUACAUUCCAUCCAGCCCUGCAUUUAAUCCCACAUCUCCAUCUAUGACGCCAACAUCGCCCGUAUACUCUCCAAGUUCACCAGGUUAUGCUCCAUCGAGUCCUGGUUAUGGGCCUAGUAGUCCUGGAUAUUCACCUACUAGUCCUCAUUACUCCCCAACAUCGCCUUCAUAUUCUCCAGCUAGUCCGAGAUAUUCUCCCACCAGCCCUAGCUAUUCACCCACAAGCCCUAGUUAUUCCCCUACAAGCCCAAGCUAUUCCCCGACAAGUCCCAGCUACUCACCUACGAGCCCAAGUUAUUCUCCAACAAGUCCCAGCUACUCACCCACAAGCCCAAGUUACUCUCCAACUAGUCCUAGUUAUUCGCCAACUAGCCCUAGCUACUCGCCAACUAGCCCGAGUUACUCUCCAACCUCGCCAUCAUACAGCCCCACUUCCCCGAGCUAUUCCCCAACAUCUCCGUCAUACAGUCCAACUUCUCCGAGUUACUCUCCGACGUCUCCUUCAUACAGUCCCACGUCUCCAAGUUAUUCGCCAACCUCUCCUUCAUACAGUCCCGUAUCUCCCAACUACUCACCAACGUCUCCAAGUUAUGCACCCUCAUCCCCAAUUUAUACUCCCGCGACGCCAAGUUAUUCUCCAGUUCCACCUACAUAUUCGCCAUCGUCUCCGCAAUAUUCACCGACAUCCCCGAGUUAUUCUCCUGCAUCACCAAAGUAUUCUCCUGCGUCGCCUAGUUAUUCCCCAUCAUCUCCACAAUAUUCACCAGCUUCGCCAACAUAUUCACCAACUUCUCCCAAUUAUUCACCCUCGAGUCCACAGCACACACCUGGUAGUUCAAAAUAUUCACCGUCUUCUCCUAAUUAUUCUCCUACUUCGCCUCAGUAUUCACCUCAAAGCACUAAAUAUUCUCCUACUUCACCGACAUACACGCCGACAAGUCCAAAUUAUUCACCAGGAUCCCCAUCUUGAGACCGCGUGGUGCAAAUUUUAUACAGAACUGUUAUAUUGUUUAUUAAUUUGUUUCUGUACUUUAUAAUAUACUUAUAACCAUAACUGUAUCUACAUUUUUUUAAAUAUAAUAUUGCUAAAGGAUA